AUGGCGUCGGUGUCUGCAACUUUGCCUCCACCAUUGUUGCUCACUCAGAGAAAACCUAACCUCACAUCAAUUCAGAAACUCCCAUUUUCUCUUACUCGAGAUAGAAGAAACCCUAGCAUGGCUCUUAUGGUGAAAGCUAGUGGUAAAAGUUCAGAAUCAUCUACUGAUCUUGACGUCAUUAGUUCAAUUCAGAAUGUUUGGGAUAAGUCUGAAGAUCGUUUAGGUCUUAUUGGUUUGAGUUUUGCUGGCAUUGUAGCUCUUUGGGCUUCACUUAACAUAAUCACGGCAAUCGACAAACUGCCAGUUAUCUCCUCUGGGUUUGAACUAGUUGGUAUCUUGUUCUCUAUGUGGUUCACAUAUCGAUAUCUUUUGUUCAAACCCGACAGAGAGGAGCUAUCCCAAAUUAUCAAGAAAUCAGUAGCGGAUGUACUUGGCCAGUAA